AUGCAGAACUUCAAUCAUUCAGACCAAGAAGACUUUUGGAAUUUGGACAGAGGAGCCUUUAUGGGAAUCUGUCCUACUAAUCAACAAUCAGAAAGUUUAUUUGAUGCCAUCAACUUCUUAGAUCCGAGCAAGGAUCUCGAAUAUUCAGGCUUAGAAGAAGCCGACCAGCCAGAAGAAGUAUCAAACUUUUUUAAGAAUCUUGGAAGCAUUAUGGAGGAAGAGAGAAAGGAGAUCUUUGGAAUUCAAGGUUCAGAAAGCUUGUCAUUAAACCAAUUUGAUAACUUUCUGCAACCAAAUAUGGAUCCAGUUGAGCCAAUUGACAAGAAACCCUCUCCAUCAACCCAAGAACUUCCAAAGAACCUGGAGAAACUUGAAGUUCCCGCUUGAAGAAAUUGGAUACGGUGGGGAAAGAAUGAAGAUAAACUACUUUUCCAUAAGAUCCACGGACUUGAAAAGAAAGGAGUACUCAGUUUGGAUGAAAUAAUCAAUCUCCCUUCUCGAGAGGUCAAGAAUGAUCCUUCUGUUCGUCAUCUCUGUUCAGUCUUCCAUUGGAGAACCCUCCCCAGAGAUCUAGUGAAAAGAAUUAAGAAGAGGAUGUCUGACUAUUUCUCCCAUCGAGAAAUUAAGUUGAUGAAGAGAAUUAUUAAGCAUCAGUACAAGUACCAGAACCUAGACUACGAGAAGAUCCUGUAUGAAUUCCCUGGCAAAACCCUCGCUAGAGUGACUGAAGUCGCAGACCUUGUUGUAAGGUGAAAGCAGGACAUGAAGUUGGACCUUAUAAACGCCAAUAACCAAGCUUAA